AUGUCCGCAGUUACUGUUAUAUUAUUCGUCACGAUUUUUUGCUACAUUUUCGCUCGUCAGUCGUGUAGAGAACGUCGCUCAUUACACGGUUUUGCCCUCGUCGAUCACGUGUACAAAUCAUUCACUGCAGAUCGCCUCGCCGUAUGUUUCAUUGCUUGUAACGCCCAGUCAUCUUGCCAAAGUUUAAACUACGAUCUCGUCGACAAAACUUGUCAGUUUAACAACAAUACCAAGUAUCACCGAGCCAAGUAUUUGGUCGAAAAACCCACCUCAGUAUACGCAGAUAACCCAGAUUCUGGUGAGUUGCCAUGUAUCCCAAGUUUAGUACUUGAGGUUAAAGUCGAUGCCGGAGUUUCCUUUUUCUGUCACGAUUUUAUCGUGAUUUUACAAAACUAUAACGUACUAUAUCGCCUUUUUUCUAAACUAUUUACUUUGACUUGUUCUUUUUUUUAAACAGAAUUUUGGCUCAAGCUAAACACGGACCCUGUCUGUUUCAGAACCAAAGCCGAUGGCUUUGGCAGAUUUACAGUGAAAAUGGGUGGUUUUGCUGAAGCUGUUAAACUUGUUCACGUUUCUGGGUCGGUUAGUUGUGCAUCUGGGAAAUGGUCGAAGUGGGGUUGCGGGCCUGGAGGGCCGUUUAGGACUCUUGUAACGACUUCAACUAAUCUUAUUCUGCUUCCCGAGAGUAAAGAACUCACCUAUAAGAUCUCAGGAUAUGAUGUUAAUUCAAAGGAAUUCAUUUUUACAAAGUUUUCUAACCCGCUGCGUUUGUCAUCCGGACAAGAACUACGAUUGUGGUACAGUUUGGAUCUUUUUAAUCACUCAGAGCACGACAACAAGGGGAAGUCCUGUGCAGACGUGUACGCUAAGUACAUUACAUCAUGA